AUGGAUGGGCAUAACGAUUUCACUGGCCAAGCUACGAAUGCGAGGCUUAAAGUCAGGCAACAUGGGAACGACGAACAAAGCGAGCCCCCCGAUUAUAACCAAGCACGAGAAUCAACGAGCCCAAUAUCCACACUCACGGAUCCCCCAUCCGAUUUGUCCAGAUGGAGUGUCUUCCCCGAAAGAAAUCUGCCAGCCAAUCAAGUCAGCCUUCCCAGUACUAGUUUACAUGGCACAGAAAACUCAAGCGUCUCACUCCCACCCCUCCUGUACAAAUGUCUCGACACCAACGAUAUUUUAAACCCCAACGAUACUGUGCACGUUAACGUUUUCAAAUCCGCCACCGUCCCGUCUGGCACACCAGCUACUACCCAGCAGACAUUUUGCACAGUGCAGCCACUGAUUGAAGAAGUCGAAGUCUAUCCACACAACACAAACGCUUCAUUUACUCUUGCAUGGGCUGAUAUCGCGAAGACUGCACCUUCCGGGGGGAGGCCAAGUCUGCAUAUCAGCCUCAAACCCUUGAGCCGCCUGGCGCGGAGACUGGGUGGGGAUGGCCGCGUUGAAUGGGGUGAUGACGGGUUCAGCCCACUGUCUAGCGGGGUAAAGGAGUAUCUUGUCACUAGCUCGAGCGUUGAGAUUGAUCAUGAGAGAAGUGGUGGGACGGUGCCUUCUUCGGUGGAGAAGCGUCAGGACCCCGACUUCAGUCUAUGA